AACUCUGGCAGUGGUCAGCAGUCUGUCGCACAGAUCCAGGACAAGAAAGACUACCAACUAUCUUUCUCAGCUGUAGGCUGCUCGUCUUGGAAGGACAAUAAGAAACAAUGGAUGAUGGAAGACUGUAAUGCCACCAUUAACCUGGAGAAUGGAGCCAUCAGCUGCAGGUGUCAGAUGUCGGAAUGGAAAGUUUCUGUGGGGACCAUGACUCUUCCAGUUCCCAACUCCAUCAACUUCAUCAACGCGUUCCAGAACUUCCUCCAUCUGAGCGACAACUCCGUAGUGUUCUCCAUCGUGGUGUCUGUGUUCAUCCUGUACCUCCUUCUCAUGGUUCUUCUGUGCGUGGACUUUCACCGUCUAAGGGCUCCUAAGCCUCGGUCCAAAGUGAGUCUGAUCCCGCCAGACAGGAUGCCGGCACCUCACGUCUAUCAGCUCACGGUCACCACCGGGUCCAUGUUCGGGGCAGGGACCACCUCACGGAUCGGACUCCAACUCUUCGGGUCAGAGGCUACAUCUCCAGUCAAGAUGCUCAACCCAGGAGGAGAGGAGUUGGUUCGUGGAAGCACUUUGCAUUUUGUCAUGCCUGUGCAAGAGUCACUUGGAGAAGUGAUGUUGUUGCACAUCUGGCAUGAUAACUCUGGGGAAGGCGACACGGCAUCCUGGUUCCUCGGAAGUUUUGUCGUCAGAGAUGUAGAAAAGGAUGUUGUAUCUUACUUCAUCUGCAAUGACUGGUUGUCGACAGAGAAAGGGGACGGUGAAGUGCAGAGGGUGGUUCACUCAAGCACCGAGGAGGAACUGACAUCUUUUACCAACGUCGUCAAUGAAGCAGCCAGAGAUGUGCUGUAUGAUAAACAGCUGUGGGCAUCUGUCAUUGUAGCAGCGCCUGGGUCCAGCUUCACCAAGGCCCAGCGUCUGUCCUGCUGCUUUACUCUGGUGAACACCAUGAUGCUGGCCAGCGCCAUGUGGUACAAGGCAGAGAACACAACUGCUAACGCAAGGGUGUUUAACCUGGGAUUUGUCCGUUUCACUGUUGAGGAGCUGUACAUCAGUUUCAUGACUAUGCUGACCGUACUUCCCGUCAAUGUGAUGCUCCUGCAACUCUUCCGCAUGGGGGCGCCACUGUCCGUCAACACUCCAGAGAUGACGAUCCGUCCAUCUAAACAAGCACCGAAGAAGAUUUACGCACCUGUAAAGCCUGAUGGUCAAUCGGCCAGGAAGAAGAAGGAGCUGGGUAAGAAGUCAGCUUCUGUACUGAAGGAGUUUCUUCUGCUGCUUAUCUUCGUGGUCCUCCUCUUCUACAUCGCCCAGGCGGACAAAGACCAACAUGCCGUCUAUGAGAGACAGUCACUGUCCAACAAUAUUCUGCAAGAAUAUGAUGCGAUAAAAACCCCGGACCAGUUUUACAGUUGGCUUGAGGACGUGUGGAUGCCGACCCUGUACCCAACCACCUGGUACAACGGAAAGAACAUGAAGUUCUUAGACCGACAGUUUGCACACAACACGGGAUCCUUUCGCAUCGGCCCACCACGGCUGACACAAGUUCGACAACUUCCCAUUUCAGACACCAUGGCGAGGACGUCUAGUGAUGAGCUUGGUUGGAGCUUUCUGCAGGGGAACGGGUCUGGUAACUGUUGGCGAUUCAUGAUUCGGGACCAGUUAACUCAGCUGAACGACAUCAACCAUUGCACGACUCGCCACUCCUUUGACGUUCCUUUGGAUCAUGGCUCCGCUGUAUCAUUCCUCGGUGCCUUGAGAGACAACGAGUUUUUCGACAAAUAUACACGAUCCUUGGCAAUCGACAUCAACUUCUACAACCCCAGCCUGAAGCUGUUCAGCGUUGUGAACAUGAUCUUGGAUCGAUCAGGUGACCUUGGGUUUGUACGAUUUCUUGACCUGACUGCUGCCUUGUGGUGGGAUGCCUGUUUCAAGCACGUCUUGGGCCUUGUUGUCUUCAUCAACACCAUCACCCUACUUCGCGUCGUCCGCUUCAGUCAAACAGUUGGCAAACUGCUGGCAAUCCCCGGCAUUAUGAAGGAGGAGCUCCUGUCCUUCUUAGUUGUUGCUGUCGUUGCCCUCAUAGCCUUUGUCAGUUCAGGACACCUCAUCUUCGGAAGCCACAUGGAAUCUUACACAGACCUGUACCAUACGUUAUUUGCCCUCUUCGAGAUGAUGCUUGGCAGGUUCUUCGCCCAAGACAUGUUGGAUUCCAACCCUCUCACCGGGCCGAUUUUCUUCUCUUCCUUCAUGAUCUGCAUCUUCAUCCUCCUGAUGAACUUCCUCAUUACCAUCGUUUGUGACGCCAUUUCCGCUGACGUUCACGUCACCCACGACUCUGAACUUGCUGAGUACAUCUGGAGGAGUUUCCGGGCUAUGUUGGGGUUUCACAGCACGCCGGAUAAGGAGGAUAAACCAGGUGUACUAAAGAUGGAGGAGUUGAAAGUCAACAUAUGCAUGAUCCGGGACAAACUUGACGAAAGUCUGGACAUCUGCAACUCCAUCCUGCCACUGUCAUCACGUCAACAGAAGAGUAGCCCGACCUCAGACGUGCUUAACCUUCUGAAGUAUAGCCGUUUUAACCCUUCUUAUGAAGUCAUCCGCAGAGAAAGUAAAUUAACAACGAUUGACGAGGAAAACUAA